ACAACGUAGAGUUAAAUACGACUGAUGUCUGCGUCAUUGGCAGGCUGUACAAUGUAUCGGUUUUAGUCCACUGUGUAAUCAAAGGAGGUCCUGUACCUCGAGUGGUGCAUUUACGAGCUGUGGGUGUUGGGCCUGGGAUGUGUGCAUAUAGCAGCUCCAUGUACACUUUCAUUGAGAAUGUCCACUCCUUUCAUGUUUACAAAGGAAAGAAUUACCUUAUCUUCUUGGGACGGUAAGUUUUAAUUUUCUUUCUCAUUACAGUAUUCAUUCUGCUUAAAUAUUACUCUUCCGUUCACAUUUACACUCCCCCUUUGUUUAAACAAAGGGAUGAUCGUACGAAAGUUGACAAAGUUGGCUACCCUUUCAAUUUGAAGAGUUAUGUCUCCAACUAUACAGUUCAUUGUGCAUUUAGGUUUCGGCAAAGUUUUAUCGAUAGAUUCUUCAAACGAGGAAAAGAAAGCAAUAAUGCAAGGUGACUGAUAUGGAUCAUUUUGUAUUUUAUGCAGUGCCUUGCACGUACGAACUCUAAUUUGACACAAGAGCUUAGAGAAGCCAUUAGAAUCUAACCAUCUGAUAUGAAACUGAUCCUCUCUUCAUCAGCAGACUUCUUAUUUCUAAAUAAUUGAAGAAUUUUGAAAAUUGAAGAAAGCUUUAAAAAGAUAAGUUAAGAGUUGGAAAAUGGUUGCAAAAACACAUUUAAACUGGUACUUUAUCUCUUGCUUAUAUUCCACCUGUUAUAUCAUGAAUUAUUUAGUAAAUCGGUUUUUAAGUGGUAAUAUUUACUUUUCAAGUCCUUCAGUUUGUAAUACGUGUCGCACUUGCAGUUAGUAUCGCAGUUUCCGUCCUGUCACGAUAUUGGAUGUGAUUUCAGUUUGUCUGAGAAUGAAAUUAAAAAAAAAUCAUGGACCCUUUUUGGUGUGAGAAGGUUAAUGGAAACGUUACAAACGCCUAAGGGUAGGUUUCACAUGUAAAGAGAGAAGACUAUCAUCCAAUUUCUCCAAACAAUUGUAAAAAUAAAAUUGUUUGAUAAAGCUCACUACUCUUGAUCUUUGCAAAGUCAUUUCAGAAAUAUUUUCAGCUACAAACGGUUGUAAACGCCGCCAACCAGUUUACAAUAGUCUCUCGUCUCUGAGUUGCCUUAAUGGUGUCGUUUUCAAUGUGAGGCAAUUAUAUAUUUUGCUCUGUGCUGGAAGUGAUGUUUAACAUGAUUUAAAACUGUCAAAGGUUGAUGUGUAGAAGGGAAUAGACCUUCAAAUUAUUUCGAAAGAUUAAAAACUUGUAAAGAAUUAAAGCUCUAGAAAGAUUUCUUCACACUUAGUUAGACAAGUUGACACCCACCUAUCUCUUCAAUCUUAUACCAUGUGUGUUUCAUUCAUUAAAAUUCUUUUGUCACGUAGACAUGAAGGAGGUAGCGAUUCUGACGGAUUCUGGCCACACCACGUUAACAUGCAGUUCGCAGCAGUGGAGAUCAUAGACGAGAGGAUACUUCAAUCUGUCUUUGCUGUGGCUGGUGGGCAUGCUCAUUAUCCCGCUGGAGUGCUGGCUAACGAAACCCACAGCAUCUGUACACCCUAUACUGCGGGCGCAGGAAAUAUUUGUCUUACCUCGGUCACUCUGGCGGUGCUUUUAAGCGUGCUGAUGUUAAUGUGA